AUGCGUGAGUUGUUGAGCAACUCGAGGCUCGAUGCUUCCUACAUGCUUAGGAAGCAGGAAGUGGGAAAAGCUCUUGCGGAUGUGUACUGGAAGAAGAGAGGCGAGGCUCUGGACUUUGGGAAGUUGGUGUUUAUGACUAUAUCGAACACCAUCCUGAGCAUGCUUUGGGGGAGCACCAUCCAUGGAAAGGAAGGGGAGAAGUUCUUUUCCAGGGUUAGAGAGUUGUCGAGUGAUUUUGUGGCGCUUCAAGGAGCAGCCAAUGUCUCGGACUACAUUCCAGGACUUGCUAGGCAAAUCGAGAUUUAUCAUCGCGAGAUCAAAGCCUUUACCAUGCUGUCUAUGUACCUCAGCAAGUCAGUAGCUGAUCAUAGCCACAGAAUGCUAGAUGCUAUAAUCGGAGGAACAGACACAACAUCGACGACGAUAGAAUGGACAAUGGCAGAGCUGAUGCAACAUCCAGAUGCAAUGCAGAAGGUAAUCAAAGAGCUAGAUGAGGUAGUAGGAAGAAGCUAUGCUGUAGAGGAGUUCCAUCUCCCCAAGUUAUGCUACCUAGAUGUGGCUAUCAAGGAGACAAUCCGCCUGCAUCCCACAGUUCCCAUUCUAGUGCCCCGUAGCGCCAGAGGGGACUCCGACCUUGGUGGAUACACCUUUCCUAAGGGAGCCACAGUUUUCAUUAACGCUUAUGCAAUCCAAAGGGACCCAUAUCUCUGGGACAGUCCUCUGGAGUUCAGACCAGAGAGGUUUCUGGGCUAG